AUGUUCUCACAAUCAGUGAUAAUCAGACUGUUUUGUCUGAGUCUCAGUGCGAUCGCUGCCAACGCUGGUCUCGCAUACUAUCCUCAGAUCCCUCUCUUCGCCGCUUCGGUCAAAUCGCCGCGAGUUGUGGCCGCCGUUAAGUCGCCGCCACCACCGCCCGCACCCAUCGUUCAAAAGCCCGUCUCUUUCAACAUAGAGCAGCACGAAUUGGUGGGAGUGCCGGAGCCCUAUAACUUCAAUUCUGAGCACAAGGAUGAGUACGGAAACGAACAGUACAGACGAGAAUCGGGUGAUACACAGGGCGUUGUCCGCGGCUCUUAUGGUUACACCGAUGCCAACGGUUUACACAGAAUUGUCGAUUACGUGGCCGACGACGACGGCUUCAGAGCAACUAUCCGAACAAAUGAGCCUGGUCUAAAUGAGCGCCACCCGGUGUCUGGUGCGGUGCAAAGCCCAGCCGACGUGAGUCUGACCGCUGAGGACACUCCGGCUCAAGUGAGAGAACAAAUUCGACAGCAAAAACCUCGUUUAUAA